AUGGCACAGCCGAAGUUGGAAGACUUGGUGGAGCUUGCCAAGGCCGCACAAGCCUGGCUGAAGAGGGCUGCACUUGCCUCGGCAGACGCCGUGAAGAAAUGGUCUCAACAGGUACCUGAUUGGGAGACGGCACAGAGAUCUAUGAGGGGAGCUGGCACUGCGAUAGCACAACGGCUUCAGUCAGUGCAUUUGGAGGUCUUUGAUUUGCAGGAUCCACAGCAGGUGUCCAGUGCAGAGGAGUUCUUCUACGCGUGCAAGUCGUUGGGUCUACACUCUGCUCGGGAGCUUUCCAAACUGCCCAGUACCUCUGCAGUGGUCCUCUUCCUGCUGUUCUUGCGUGGGGCUCUAGUCACUACUGUACGCUUGCUGCAGAUGAGCAACGAGACAAAGACACAUCGCAACUCUGUGAGCAGGCCACGAAUCCGACGUCAAUGCCAAUUUGGUUGGUGGAAAACCUGUCAGUUUCACCAGUGGGAAAGGCAUUUCAGCCUAUGA